UUCACUGACUAAUUAGAUACGCUGUAUGGCGAGAUACAUUCACGGACCAGAGGGAAAUUAGGCUUUACAAAAUAUUGUUUCUGUUUAAAAAGGUAAAAGCAGCCAGGCUGGUACAUUGUGUAACUGUUCUGACGUGAUUUCUCAUACUUGAGCGCUGUUUUAACUCUUUCGCGACCACAGCUGGCUUAAACAAACAACUGGAGAGCGUAAUGAGACGAUGACACAUUCGUGCCACGCUGCCGUCAAAUGUUACAAGUGGCAGACGCCGACCUCACGCCGUACGUCGACUUGUAGUGUCGUAAAAAAACACCGCUCCCCCUUGUCCAUGUGAUGCUACAAGCUGAAGCCGGGCUAGCUUGGGGAGCAAGUGUGUGUCGGUGAAGUUGCAGGGCAGACCUUUGAGUGAAUUUCAGCGGAUUCCACUUAGACUGAAACAUGGAGGGAGCCGACGAGUUCAUGAAGUACCGUUCCCCGCUGGUGUCGAGGUACGCCAGCAAGGAGAUGGCCUACAACUUCAGUGACAGGAAGAAAUUCACCACCUGGAGGAAGCUGUGGAUCUACCUGGCUAAAGCUGAAAAGGUUUGGCAAGUUGUUGAUGCAUACAUGAAAACACACGUGCAAAAAACUGAGGUUUUAUACACACCUCAUCGAUGCCUUUUACGUCCUGGAAACUGAAGUUUGCGACCUUUGAGGAGCCCUAUCAAGUUCCUGCUCUAAAUUUAGUUCUAAGCAAGAACCUCUCUAAGAGCUGUCUGCGUAGUUGUCCUACUCCUUGUACGAUACAAUAGCCAGAAAACAAUGUUAUAAAUGUUGAUUUUAUCUUGGACUCUUUUUAAGAAAAAUAUAACAAUAUCAAAAACUUUGCUUUCCGACCACAUGAAGAUGUAAUGUACGGAGGCCUAAGGUGGGCAUGCCAUGAUAAUAUUUUCUGGGACAUAGUGUUUUCUUUUUUCUUUUGUCCUCAUCAGAUUUCAACAUAUUUAUCUCAUUAUUUCUAAAUUAAAAGUAUCCUCUGGUGAUAAUAAAUAAAUAUGAUAAUAUAAAUCUCAUUACAUCAAAGGGCCAAAGUUAGUUUCCCUUAAUUAAUGGAUUAAUUUAUUUUAUUGUCCUAAAAUGAUAAAGUUAGCUUUUCAUGAUUUUGUGAUUCAAGAUACUUUUUGUGGAUCUCAUAAAGAAAAUUUAUUUAUGAGGGAGAUUAAGCCAAUUUUUAUUCGUUUUUUUUUUUUUUUUUUAAUUUGCAACUCUGAGGGCACAGAUUUUGAUCAUCAGAUGUCCAUUGAGAUUUUUUUUUAAAAUGACAUCAAAAAUUAAGUUAAAGAAUUAAAUGAAAGAAUUAUGUUCUUUUAGAGCUUCUGUGUAAACGUGUCUUGUGACUAAUCUUACAUUUAAAGCAACAUUAAACAUUUUAUUUAUACAUUUAACUGAAUAUGCCAACUGGUUUUGCAAAUAUGAAUAUGUUUCGCACAUUCAACAGAAGCAUGCAUUUUCUACAAACUGAUUGUGGAUUUGAAAACAAAACAAAUGCAAGCAAAUGUGUUAUUGGCAAUGAAAUCAAAUGGAUAAGUAGUAUAUGGCUGCAAACUCAUUUUUUAAUCUCCUUGUACUCUAAACUGCUCUUGUUUCUCUUGACUGCCCAUAAAAAACUGAACUUUCUUUUUGGCGCCCCCUGUGGACAAAGCAGUCUUUGUUAAUCUUGUCUUCUACAUGCAUUAGUAGUGUCUCUUGGCAGUCACACAUACUAUUAUUGUGAAUAUUUUAAUGGAAAAGAUGAAAAACAAGGCUUUGUCUUCAGCUACUUGGCUGACAGUGUCGUAUAAAAAAUGUCAAGAUUCAAAUGAUCAGUAUUGUCCCUGAAGAUGUUGUUUGCUUUUGGAUAUCAUGAGAAGGCAUCAAUAUAAAUGUCAGCCUUUUUCAGUUACAUCAAAAAAAAUCCUCAGUAGAGCUUUAAAGCACAAAUGUUGUAUGUUUGCAAUGUUUGCAAUGUUAAAAUAAGUUGUUUCCUUAUGUGGUAACUGAUUGUAAACUAAAUGUCCAUGCGUGAUCAGUGACCGUGAUAUCAUAGGUUAAUAAAUAACUUGCAAAAACUUGUCAAAAUUAUACAUUGUUAGCUGCACAAAUUAAAUGUUCAGUUUUCCCUCUUUGUGCUCAGUUAAGUGCUGUAAACAAAGUUAAAUGCAUCUUAACUCUUAAAUUAGUCUUAUGUAUUUAUCUGUAAACAUGUGGUCUUCACUUAGAUUAUUUUAUUUUAUUGGACUGCAACAGUGCAGUAGGGGCAAUAAUGAAGUUACCUCAGAAGCCCCUUUAGUAAGCUUUCAAACAGAACAGUGAAUGGUAAAUUGUCUAUCAGAAAAGCAAAGAAUAUGUUAGACAUGCAGAGUUUUGAAGCAUCUCCAACACUAAUUCCUCUGAGUGGUUCCUGUGCCUGUCGGAUUAAAGAGGGUGUGGGAUGGCUAACUGAUGUCAGACCCUGUCUCACAUGCAGACCCUCACUUGUCUUGUUACACACUAAUCAGCACUGAUCAGAGUCCACGUUUAGUUCGUUUUCUGUAUUUAGAGAUCAGAGGUUCACUGUGUGCUUGUGUAGUUAGUCAGGCUUGUGUGGAUUGUGUGUGAAAAUAGCAUGCAGAGAAUGUCACAGUAACAGGAGACCAUCUCACGAGACGCUACACUUUAAUAGCCUGAGCCAAGCUCGGUUUGACUCCCAAAGCCUUUGAGCUCUUUCUUUUUUUUUUUAAGAGUCCAAGUUCUCAAUUCAAGUUGAGUCCCGUUUUGGAGGAUAUCUGCCAGCCCAGUCAAAGUCCCAUGUCUGCUGUUGAUAUACAAGCAUUACAACUAAUGCUGAGAAGAAAGCUUUUUGAUUGUCUCUGCACUCAGGAGAGACAACUAGUUAAAAACAGGAGUUAUAAAGCACCUUAUACCUCCAAUGUAAUAUCACUGUCAUUGUAUUAAAUGAUGUUAGGGAUGCAUGGUUGGAGAUUUUUUUCAAUUAUUUCAAAAGUCGUGGCUGGAAACAAAAAUAAGUAAUAAUGUGUCACCUGGUUGGUCUUAUGUAUCAGUGGAAAUUUUCAUGUUAAACAUCUACAGAUAUUUAACUCUUUAAACUAUUAUCAGAGGAUACUAUACCGAUUAUACAACCCAUGUAUUGUGCAACCUAGUAGAGUCACAUGUAAUUUUCUCUCUCUUUCGCAGAGCCGAAGUCAAAACCAAAGAUACAUGACAAUUUUUACAAGUUUGACCAUUAAAGGAAAUCAAGAAGUAUCGUAGUGUAUCGUAUCGUAUUGCAUUGUAUCACAUUGUAUCGUACCGUACCGUAUUGUAUCGUAUCGUAUUGUACUGUAUUGUAUCGUACCGUAUCGUAAAAUAGUUUGUCAGGUGACUUCUUCUGUCCAAUGUAAAGUUCACCAGAGGACUGUCCCCCCUCUUCACUCUUUGUCUUGCACCAUCUUCCUCCUCAGGGUUUGGGUCUGCCCAUCACAGAUGCUCAAAUUCAGGAGAUGGAGAGCCAUGAGAAGGAUAUCGACUUUGCCAUGGCUGCCGAAGAGGAGCGAAAACUCAGGCACGACGUCAUGGCUCAUGUCCACACCUUCGCACACUGCUGCCCCACUGCUGCUCCCAUCAUUCACCUGGGCGCUACCUCCUGCUACGUGGGAGACAAUACUGUAAAUAUGAUAACAUACACUCCUAAUCUGCAUCAUUAAUAAGAUUAAACAGUUAAUAAUCUCAUAUUUUCUGUUGAAAUGAUUCCCAUUUGAAAAAAAAAACACUGGAUCAAGAUUUUGCAUUUUGUCUGUUCCUGGAUUCAGAGUUGUUUGUUUCUUCUCCUCAGGAUCUGAUUAUGUUGCGUGAUGGCUUUGACAUCAUCUUGCCUAAGGUGAGGCUCAGCUGUUCACCAGAAACAUGCACACACAUCCAGUUGUGCAACUCUAAAAUGGGUGAAAAUCAGGCUCAAGUUGCUCUGUUCUUUUUUUUUUUUUAUCCUGAAGCAUCAGCUGUUCGGUAACAAGUCAGCAGUGUAGAAGUAAUUUCUUUUCCAUGUCAGGUCAAGUAGAAUAUAAACAGGAAUAAGCUCCUUAACAUGAGGGGGGGUUGUAUAAGCUCCAAAUUUAUGCAAUAAUUGUGCGCUAAAAAUUGACUUCCUAUUUUCCCACAGCUGGCCAGAGUCAUUGACAGACUGGCCAACUUUGCAGAGAAGUAUGCCGACCUCCCCACGCUUGGCUUCACGCACUACCAGUGAGUGUGAUGCAGCUGCACCUUCUGAGGGUCCUUCAAAGCUUCAUCAGUUUCCCUCAAGCUUCAUCUGCUCCUCAUUUUUAUCAUUUUCCACUAACAUAGAUUACUUAAUAACUCUCCCUCUUUUCUCUCCCUCUCUCCUCUCACAGGCCUGCCCAGCUGACCACAGUGGGAAAGCGAGCGUGUCUGUGGUUGCAGGAUUUGACCAUGGACAUGCGCAACCUGCAGCGAGCCCGAGAUGACCUGCGUUUCCGGGGAGUCAAGGGGACCACGGGCACGCAGGCCAGCUUUCUGCAGCUGUUUCAGGGGGACCACGACAAGGUAUGAAACCAUCAACCAAGUAGCAGAAAUACAAGGGCCAAAAGGCGACACAGAUAGUCGUGAGAUGAAAUCUAUUAUGGUGACACUUGUUAUAUAGACAAUGACACACAAAACAACAAACCGUAUAGUACAGUGGUUCUCAAUCCAGUCCUCGAGCACCCCCUGUCCUGCAUGUUUUGGAUGUUUCCCUGCUCCAACACACCUGAUUCAAAUGAUUAGCUCGUUAGUUAGCCACUACAGAGCUUGAUAACGAGCUGAUCAUUUGAAUCAGGUGUGUUGGAGCAGGGAAACGUCCAAAACAUGCAGGACAGGGGGGGCUCGAGGACUGGAUUGAGAACCACCGGUAUAGUGAUAUAGAGGCAACCAUAACCAGUUAAAUCAUGUUUCCUCAUCAGGUUGAAGAGCUGGACAAGAUGGUGACAGAGAUGGCCGGUUUUAAAAAGUAAGCCCUGCAUGUAAAUGAAAGAGAUCAAAUUCAGUAGAGUGACACCUUUCCUCUAACUGUGGUAGAAGAUAUGUGGUACUUAAUUAAAGUCUGUUGACUGCUAUUAGGAGUUCUGUAUUGGCCUCGGGGUGUGACAGAUCACAAAUCUCAUCAUUCACCAGUCUUAAAUUAAAGUCUGUACUAUGAUAAAAUACAUGACUCAACAUGAUAAAAUGGCAAAUCCUUGUUCAAGUUAUCCAGAGUCUUAUGUCCAUCAAGCAGAACACCUAAAGUCAGAUGUGUCUGCCUCCAGUUUGGUCAGUUGUCUCGAAACUAGCUUCAGUUCCAGCUCAUUUAGCUUCAGUUCUUUUUAUAAUUCAUCCUGAGCGAAGACAGCAGCAAAUUUGACGCCUUCUUGCUCACCUCUGUCCUGGCCUUUAAAACCGAAAGCAAGAAAAAAAUCCUGGAAUCGUCAGGUGUAAGUUCCUGUACUCUUCUGUUUGAUAAAGGCUUGAGGGUAUGAAGGAAGCAGACCUAAGAUAGACGCGCAAUUAAGGAUUUGUCAGUACUUGUCUCUACACAUUCAUAAAGCAGACAGUGAUGAGUAAGAGCUUUAAAAUUAGUGAUGAACUGAGAAGAGGUGUGCAUGCAUUAUACAUGACCAUAAUCCAGUUUUCACUGGGGUACGAACUCAAUCUGUGUGCUCUGAGAAGUGUAGAUUGAAAGCAGGUUUGGGUACUCAGAGCUUAAACUGUAACUGGGGGAGAGCUUGAUCUGGAGUGGAUGCCGAGUGAUACAUCACAUUGUCAUCAACAUAGAAAAUAUAUAUAUAUAUAUAUAUUUUUUUUUUUAUCAUUAUUUUAUUUAACCAGGAAAUUCUCAUUGUGGUUGAAAAUCUCUUUGACAAGUUGUAGACGUACAACACAUGAUUUAAAAAAAAAAAAACCUUUUGAUGAUGGGUCUUCAGGGGCUCAAUAAUCUUGUUAAUUAAGCUGAUGAUUUUUGUCUCUUUUUGUCUUCAGAGCCUACCUGGUGACUGGGCAGACCUACACUCGUAAGGUGGACGUCGACUGUCUGUCCUGCCUGGCUAGUCUCGGAGCCACUGUUCAUAAGGUGAGCUGCAGAAGCUGGAGACAUCCGGAGAAACGCUGCCAUCUAGUGGUUCCAAUGAAAAUUUCAGACUGACAUACACUGAGAUGCACCAGCCAUGCUUCAGUUCAAACAUAUUGAUCACUCACUAUUGAUUAACAGGACUUAAUGCAGUUAUUCCCAGCUGUACUAUCAGGCCACAGUUCUUUACAUCUUUGCAUUAAGUGAGGAGUUUUUUGACCUGUAUAACAUACACUGAAGUUUAUAAUGACUCCUUUAAUGAAAUAUCUAAUAAGAUAAUGAAAGAUCUCCUGCUGGAGGUUAGAGAUUCAUAUAUUUUAAUUUGUAAUACCUGUAGUAUCAGGGUGAGGGGGAGAUGUCAAUUGCACAGCUGAGGUUUUUAAAAUAUUCACAUAAAAUACCACAGUAAAUGAAAUAUUUGAAUUAAAGGUCAGCAGGAUGAGUUUUAUUUUUUUGUCAAAAGACACUGUUUUGACAUGUACAGUACAAGAUAGGCAAAGACUGCUUUAAGAUACAAUACAAAGAAGUUUCAUUGAUCCCCAAAGGGAAACUUAAUUGGCCAUAAGGAGAACUAAAAAAUACAAACCAAAACUUCCUCACUGGAGCUUUAACUUUCUAAAGCUCAUCUUUGAUUCUUGUUUUCCUCUACUGCAGAUUUGUACAGACAUCCGUCUGCUCGCCAACCUGAAGGAGAUCGAGGAGCCUUUUGAGAAAGAGCAGAUCGGUAUUUUAACACUCAAUAUUUACUUCCAUUAAAGUUCCCUCAGGAUUUCACAGAAUUGUUGGUUUUAUCACAACUCAAAGUGCCUACAUUUGGGCCUUGGUUUGGCUUAAUAGAUUCGAUUUGACCUUAAUAUUUAUUUUUUUAUAACACAUUUCAAAUUUUUGCAAAAAAAAUUCAAAUUACAAGUGUGUCACAAGAAAUUAUCCAAGAGUUAAAAACACACAUGAUGGGUUUAAAAAGGGCUAGAAUAAAACAUCAGCUCAUCUGGUCCUUCCUCUUUCUUAUGAUUUUAAUUCAUUUUAAAAACAAAUAUUCUCUUAAUAUCAAAACAUUAUUUUUUCCAUAUUCAGAGGCUGCAGUCCUUGAUGCAUAGGUUGGGAUAUAUUAUUAUAACAUAGUUCAAUGAUGCAUGUAACAGAAUCAACAGUUGGUCGUCAUGAAGUGAUUUCUCUCCUCCAGGUUCCAGCGCCAUGCCUUACAAGAGGAACCCCAUGCGUGCUGAGCGUUGCUGCAGUCUGGCCCGUCACCUGGUGGCUCUGAUGUCCGACCCCCUGCAGACAGCUUCAGUCCAAUGGCUGGAGAGAACACUUGAUGACAGUGCCAACAGGUCUGCAACAUCUAACACAGACUUUGAUGUUUUCCUUAUGUGAGGUAUUUGGGGUUUACCACAGAGCCGCUCAAGUAUUCAGCAAAAAGUUAAAUCAGCGUUUUAUUUCCUCCUCUGGUGCAGGAGGAUCUCCCUGCCCGAGUCCUUCCUCACAGCUGACAUCAUCCUCAGCACUCUGCAGAACAUCACAGAGGGACUGGUGGUUUACCCCAAAGUCAUCGAGAGACACAUCCGCCAUGAGCUGCCGUUCAUGGCCACAGAGAACAUCAUCAUGGCCAUGGUGAAGGCUGGGGGCAACAGACAGGUUCGUCUUAGCUUUGUACAACAACAACAGAUCAGUGUGUCACCUUUUUAUGACGAUAAUAAUGCUUAUUAAGACCAAAACUGAGUAUCUCUCUUGUAUCACCACAGCUAGAUGUGCUCAGAAACUAAUAAUUUGAGAGGGAUACAUACAUCAUUUAACCUUUCGCUUUGACAAUGUUUUUUAAAGUGCUUUGAAUUAAAGUGGAGCUGUAAGAGUUAUUAAAUUAAGCUGUCAAUCACCAAUAAAAUGGGGUGUUUUGCCAAUCAAGUGUUUGAACGCAUAACAGGACAACAAACAUAGCCAUUUACUGCUCUAAAGUAAUCUUAGUAAUCAUAAUUGAUUAAUCUAAACCAAUUCCAAAUACAGUCGGUUGUCCGGGAAGUGACGUACGGGGAAAAGAGGAGUGGACCCAGAAUUGAUCCCUGAGGCACACCGUGUAACAAAGAGAGAAGACACACAGCCCCCUUAUGGAUACUAAAACUAUCCUGAUUAUGAUUAUGGUCUCUCUGGUUUAAUUUCUGCUCACAGUAUCUCAUUUUUCUGCCUCUUUUAGGACUGCCAUGAGAAGAUCCGUGUUCUGUCUCAGGAGGCGGCAGCUGUGGUCAAACAGGAGGGCGGUGAUAAUGACCUGCUGGCCAGGGUGCAGGGAGACCCAUACUUCAGCCCCAUCCUGGGCCAGCUGGACUCCAUACUGGACCCUAAGACGUUUAUUGGUCGUGCUCCUCAGCAGGUACGACACCAUCAGUCAUUUUUUAUAUCCUUUUUUCAACUCUGACGUCUUUUUUUUUUUUUUCAGUCCAGAGCGAUGUUUCUUUUCCUCUUUGCUCACAUUCUUCUCUUCUCAUAAUAAUCCAGCUGCGAGAAAUGUCCAAAAGCUCAUGCUGAAUUUCAAAUUAUCAUUUUAACAUCAUAUUCCCAAUAUUCUUCUACUCCAGGUCGCCAGAUUUUUGUCGGAGGAAGUGCGCCCCCUGCUGGAGCCGUACAAGGCAAAGAUGGAUGUAAAGAUUGAGCUGGAGCUCUAACACGCACUCACAAACACUCAGGUACAGAACAAGACCCUAACAUGGUGGGUGGCUCCAUCAAUAAAGAACAAUCAUUGAAAGAAAG